AAUCCCUAUUCAUCCUGCUUUGUUCAGCUUUGGCACCGCGCCAAACACAGCACGCUGCUUUCAACUAGGUCCGUGUCUGUAGUAUAUACCUCCGCGCUUACACGCCACCCUUCAUUUUCUCUGAACGCUGUGCAAACCGACGAAGAAGAACAAGAGCACGUCAAGAUGUCUGGUCGAGGAAAAGGCGGAAAAGGGCUCGGGAAAGGAGGCGCCAAGCGGCACCGUAAAGUUCUGCGCGAUAACAUCCAGGGUAUUACCAAACCCGCCAUCAGGCGUCUGGCUCGCCGCGGCGGCGUGAAGCGUAUCUCCGGUCUGAUCUACGAGGAGACCCGCGGUGUGCUGAAGGUGUUCCUGGAGAACGUUAUCCGCGACGCCGUCACCUACACCGAGCACGCCAAGCGCAAGACAGUCACCGCCAUGGACGUGGUGUACGCGCUCAAGCGCCAGGGACGCACUCUGUACGGCUUCGGCGGCUGAACACGCGCAACUUCCGGACUUCACGCUCUGAAAAACCCCAAAGGCUCUUUUAAGAGCCGCCCAGUGAUUCUCUUAAAUAGCAAACUCCAACCUGUCCAUUUUUACUUCUGUUGGAAUUAAUGUGAGAUUUAUUUCAGUACAAUAAACAUGUUUCUUAUUCUAAUUCAGUGAUUUCUUUUUGUCUUGGGGUAAAAACAUGUUUAUUUAUUACAUAGAUAUAAUUAUGAGGUGAAAUUUUUUUUAUUAUUUCAUUAUAUAGUAAUUAGUGGCAAAAUAAGUAGUUUCAUACAUAGUGAGCUAUAUUUAUAUAAAGUAUAAAAAAAUAUUACUAACUUAAAAAUGAAUAAAAAUUAAGUUUAUAUGUAUACACAAUUUUUUGUAAAAAUUAUAUAUAUGUGUGUGUAAAAAAUGUAAACAAAUGUAAAUAUACAUCAAUACUUUUGUAUAUUGUAUAGUUAUAAAUCUGCUAAUAGUGCAUUUUCCGCUUGCAAAAAUCUGUUAUUUAUUUUCCUUCGCAUCACUAUAUUCAAAGGACUAAUAUUUAUUUAUUCAGUUUGUUUGUUUAUUGUUAGUAAAUCAAUCGGCUAUGUGUGUACGUAGUAUAUAUGAUCAGGUAAUUUAAGGCCUAUAGCAUGUCGGAUUUUUCCUUUUCUGACUUUUUUUUUUAAAGAACUGAUGAAUGUUAAAAGAAUAAUUACAUUAUAAUUAUAUUAAAUAUGGAAAUGUCAGUUAUAAAUCUUCUAAUGGAAUUUCAUAUGUGCAUUUAAAGUCUAUUAUCAACUCUUCUUGUAGGUCAUUUAAUUGAGAAGUAAUAAAGCAGUACUGUUUUGAUUGA